AUGCCUUCAUCACUUGAUGUUCUAGGUUCUAAACCUAUACAGAGUUCAGGACAAGAGAGGCACAGACUUCUGAUAUCUGAUGGACAGUACAGUAACAGUUUCAGUAUGCUGGCAACUCAACUCAAUCAUAUGAUUCAUGAGAAUAAGUUGGCUGCCUUUACCGUUGUGAAAAUAAAGAAACAUAUCUGCAAUCAGGUGGCCGGUGGUAAAUCUGUUCUGAUUCUCAUGGAUAUAGAGGUGGUUAACCCAGGAUCCGAAGUCGGAAGAAAGAUUGGAUCUCCUGUGCAACUUCCCACAGACGGAUCUGCUCCUAGUAAGAUAAAUACUGACCCUAACGCUGGAGCAGUGAAAAGACCAGCUGAGCCAAGCAACUCUGCACCACCGGCUAAGCUGCCAACAAACAGGAGUGUCCUGUCCAGUAAACCUAGUGCUGUAUCUGCUAGUAGUGCCGGUCACGUGGUUGCCCCCAUCAGUUCCAUCACGCCGUAUCAGAACAAAUGGACCAUAAAGGCCCGUGUGACCUCUAAAUCUGAUAUAAGAACCUGGAACAAGGCGAGUGGGUCAGGGAAACUAUUUAGUAUGGAUCUCAUGGAUGACAGUGGGGAGAUCAGGGCCACUGCGUUCAAGGAGCAGUGUGAUCAAUACUACGAUAUGAUCCAGGUCGGGAAAGUGUAUUACAUCUCCAGAUGUGCCGUGAAAGCUGCAAACAAAGCCUACUCUAAGAUAAAGAAUGAUUACGAGUUAACAUUCAAGGAUAAUGUUCUGGUAGAGAAAGCUGAGGAUAAUGAGAGUGGAGACGUACCAACCAUGAGUUAUGAUUUUGCCCAGCUAAGUGAUCUAGCUGGAGCUAGCAAGGAUACUAUUGUGGAUAUUAUAUUUGUUCUAUUUAUCAGUGAUCUAGCUGGAGCUAGCAAGGAUACUAUUGUGGAUAUUAUAUUUGUUCUAUUUAUCAGUGAUCUAGCUGGAGCUAGCAAGGAUACUAUUGUGGAUAUUAUAUUUGUUUCUUUUAUCAGUGAUCUAGCUGGAGCUAGCAAGGAUACUAUUGUGGAUAUUUUGGGGAUAUGCAAGGAUACAACCGAAGCUGUGACCAUAACCACCAAAGCUGGUAGGGAGCUGGUGAAGAGGGAAAUCAAUGUUUGUGAUCAAUCCAACACAGAGGUUGUACUGACCCUAUGGGGUACCACAGCAGAGAAUUUCCAAGGAGCCGGUCAACCUGUAAUAGCAGUCAAGGGUGCUAAGGUUUCAGACUUUAACGGGAUUACUCUCAGUGGCGGGGAUCUUAUGAUAGACCCUGAGUUGGAACAGACUCAGCAGAUUAAAUCCUGGUGGGAGAAGAGUGGUAGAAACUCGACCUUCAACAGUCUCACUGUUCAGGGUCAAAGAGGAGGAGGAGCAGGAGCAGAUGCAGGAUCCGUCAAAUCCUUGUCCGAGGUUAAACUGGAGAACCUUGGCUACAAUUCUGACAGGGGUGAGUACUACAGCUGUCUGGCCAGUGUAACGUACUUCUCCAAGGAUAAGGCUCUAUACAAGGCCUGCCCCAACCAGGUUGAUGGGAAGGAGUGCAACAAGAAGGUGCAGGAGAACGGAGACGGAUCUUUCAGGUGUGAGAAGUGCUCUACAGACCUCCAGAACUAUAAGUGGAGACUAAUGCUCAGUUUGACCAUUGCGGAUUACUCUGAUUCUGUUUGGGCAAACUGUUUCCAGGAAACCGCGGAGAAGCUGCUGGAGGCUACUUCGGAGGAGGUCGGAACCCUAUCUGAGCAGGAUGAGGAGAGAUACAACGCAGUAUUCAGUAACGCCAGCUUCAAGACCUACUCAUUCCGUAUGCGCGCCAAGGCAGACACCUACAACGAUGAGACCAAGAUUAAGCACACCAUCGUCGCGGUCGACAAUAUCGACUUUUCCGCCCUCAACAAGCAGUACAUUAAAGAGAUAGAAGCCCUGGGUGGAUGUAUACCCGAUUCUGUAAACAGAGACAAAUAUAUCUAAAUCAACACUGUGAACCCAUUUAAGAAAACUGUCAAAGAUUUGUAUUCGUCCUUAAGAUGAGUCUACCAUUAUUAAUCAUUAUUUGAAACCUCCAGUGUUAAAAGGAUAGAGUUAUAUUUUAAUCUAUUCUGUAUAUUUUAUUAAAUAAAUAAGGAUUAUGAUGAUAUUUUAA